AUGAAUACUUUGACAGUUAGAUCAUUCAAUGCCACUUCGAUUUCUUCAGAUAAUUCUAACGACGCUUUAUUCAAAACAAUUGGUAUAAUCCUCGCUCUAUCCAGUGGUUUUUUUAUUGGAUCAUCAUUUGUAUUUAAGAAAAAAGGAUUACUUCAAGCAGGGGGAAUUGCUGGUAAAGGACAUGCAUAUCUUGCAAAUUCAUUAUGGUGGAUGGGAAUGAUACUUAUGAUUAUUGGAGAAAUAUGCAAUUUUGUAGCUUAUGCAUUCACCCAAGCAAUUUUGGUUACUCCUUUGGGUGCUCUCAGUGUAGUCAUAAGUGCAGUCUUAUCAUCUAUUUUCCUUAAAGAAAGAUUAACAUUUGAAGGCAAAGUUGGUUGUGCUCUAUGUGUUAUGGGUGCAACUAUUAUAGUCAUGCAUGCUCCAGCUCAACAAACUGCUCCAACCAUUCAAGAAUUUAAAAAUUUAUUUUUUGCUCCUGCAACUUCAAUAAUAAUAAUUUGGAAAAUUGCUCCAAAAUGGGGAUCAAAAAAUCUAUUUGUUUACAUUGGUGUUUGUUCACUUAUUGGAUCUCUUUCAGUGGUUACAACUCAAGGAAUAGGAACAGCUAUUGUUACCACAAUUACUAAACCUGGAGAAAAUCAAUUCAAAGAGUGGUUUUUUUAUGUAUUAUCCGCGUUCGUAAUUGUUACUUUAUUAACCGAAAUCAAUUACUUAAACAAAGCUUUGAAUUUAUUUAACACCGCUAUGGUAACACCAGUAUAUUAUGUUACGUUUACUGGAUUAACUAUAAUAAGUUCAGCUAUAUUAUCUCAAGGUUUUAAAUCUGCUCCUAUUAGUAUCGCUACAGUUGUAAUGGGUUUUUUCGUAAUAUGUUCGGGUAUUAUUUUAUUAUUUAAAUCUAAAAAAGAUGAUUCAUCUUUUUCAAAGAAUGCAGAAUCCGAUAAUCUUAAAAAGGAAGAUGAAAAUGAACAUGCUUUUGGUAUUCGAGCUAGUUUGGGAAGUAUUCAUAGAUUAUCACGUUCAUAUCCUUCUCAAAAUUCAUCUACUCUUCCCACCAAUAACAAAGAAUAUAGUAAAGAAUAUGAUAAUAAAGAAUCUAUUGGUAAAGAUGAUGGAAAACAAUCACAACAUAUAAGUAUUCAAAGUUCGAGAUUUUCAGCUGGUUUACCCCCAAUAAAUGAAUCAUCAAUGAAUCUUUAUCCUUAUCGAGAAGAUAAUAGAGAAGUUUACAAUACAACACCAAAUGAAUCAAACCACCAAUAA